AUGAACAUCCGGCAGUCAGACUUGGCGCUGCGGUCCGACAGCGUGUUCUUGCUGCGUCGCGCCGCUCUGCCGCAACACCUGCUGCUGUUCCGGGACCAGCUGGACCUGCGGGCGCUGCGGCGCGCCGGCCGCCUGCGGCUCACCCUAGUGGAUCACAACGUCCUGCCCAGUUCAGACACUGACCUGGAGGGGGCAGUAGUGGAGGUGCUUGACCACCGUCAGGCUGAGAGGACACCCUCCCCAACCUGUCCCGUUACCGUGGAGAUGGUAGGAUCCUGUGCUACCUUGGUAACCGAACGCAUCAUCAAGGAGGCUCCACAGAUUCUGGACCAACAGCUCGCCCUCCUACUUUACGCCACAGUGGUGCUGGACUGUGUCAACAUGGCUGCCGCUGCUGGUAAAGUGACUCCUAAAGACAGCUGCUACGUUGCUGAGCUGGAGGCGCGAUUCCCCUCUCUGCCACCAAGGGGCGCUCUGUUCCAGGAGCUGCAGAAGGCCAAGUUGGACGUCUCAGGUCUGAACAUGGAGCAGAUGUUGUUAAAAGACAUGAAAACUGUUUCAGGAAGUCUCAACGUCGCCCUUCCUGUUAUCUACCUCACUCUGGAGGAGCUGCUGCAGAGGGCGGAGUUGGAGGCGGAGCUUUCAGCUUUCUGUCACAAGUCAGGAUUUGAUGUGCUGCUGCUGAUGACGAUCUCCUUCACUGAGAGCGAGGAGCCAAUCAGAGAGCUCGCUGUGUUCAGCCACAGCAGCACCUGCAGGGAGCAGGUGAGCGCUUACUUGCAGCGGGCCCAGAGCCCCGCCCUCGGCCUCAGCCCCGCCCCCUGCCUCCACCCUCUGAUCUCAGCGUUCCAUCAAGGUAACGCGCUGGCGUCCAGGAAGAAGCUCCUCCCCCUGGUCCAGGACUUCCUGAAGGAGUGUGAUGGCGCCAUUUGCCUGGGAGACGCGGAAGAGGAGCCGGCGGUGCCGCCCACGCCCACAAACAGCCUGGUGGACAGCUGCCCUCUGGACGGCGGCCUGCCGCGCAUCACCGCCGAGGAGCUGCAGGGCAAGUUCGAUGACCUCUAACCUCACCUCUGUUACCACGGCAACGACGCUGGAAAAUGGAGAUGCAGCAUCAGAACACAAAGUACGGUCAAGAAUCUUUUCAAACUCGCAUCAAUCUGGCGGGUCCAACAGAACCUACUGGAUCGGCCAAAGAGCAGCGGAGAGACGUUCUGUCCCAACCCUUCAGAAUAAAAGCCAUUAUAUCAUAAAUUAAAUAAACUUUUCGAAAUUAAA